AUGGGGACAUCAAGAGCUCGCGCUCCUCCAAAGGCGCCUGCGACGCCAACACAGCACGUGGAACCCUCACGAUAUCUGCCCGAAAGCACCUUCAUAAUCGACAAUGGCGCAUACAUGAUGAAAGCCGGCUACGCUUCCACUCUCCCACCCAGCGAAGCCGUGACAGCCUGCUCCCAGGUGCCGAAUACCCUUGUCAAAACCCGUGACAACAAGGUUGUGAUUGGCUCUCAACUUUCGACCGUGACAGAUUGGAACGAGGCGAUGUUCCGGCGCCCGGUGGAGAAGGGCUACAUUGUGAACUGGGAAGCGGAGAGGGAGAUCUGGGAUCAAACUUUCUUUGAUGAGAAUGCGGCGGCUGGAAAUAAGAAUUUGAAGAUUGAAAACCCCGAAGACACCACCCUCAUCCUCACCGAGGCGCCGAAUGCCAUGCCGAUUCUACAGCGACAUACCGAUGAGAUGGUGAUGGAGGAAUGGGGAUUUGGAGGAUAUACGAGGUGUCUGGGCCCAACUCUCAACGCGUGGAAUGAGAUCCAUUCUCUUUUCGGCGAUCCACUCACCAAGAUACAGGAUCCCUUGCCGGCAGAUUGCUUACUGGUAGUUGAUUCGGGAUACUCGCACACAACAGUUACGCCCGUGUACAAAGGACAAGCUCUCCAGCGAGGAAUUCGACGACUCGACCUUGGAGGCAAGCAUCUUACAAACUACCUUAAGGAGAUCGUCUCAAUGAGACAGUACAACAUGGUUGAUGAAUCCUACAUCAUGAAUGAGGUCAAGGAGGCAGUCUGCUAUGUGAGCAAUGACUUUGCAGGCGAUUUGGAAAAAACAUGGAAAACGAACCGGAAGCGCCAAACCGACGCCGAGGAUGGAAUUGUCUUGGACUAUGUGCUUCCAGACCCGAAUGCCAAUAAAAGUGGAUUUAGUCGACCGCACGACCCUCUUAUGCACGCCAAAAAGAAGAAGGGCGCGUCUUCCGGACUCAGUGCCGAGAUUCUAUCAGAGGACGUACUAGUGCUUGGAAAUGAGCGCUUUGCUGUUCCAGAACUGCUGUUCACCCCUGGCGAUAUCGGAAUGAGCUCAACCGGUAUCCCCGAUAUGAUCUUGCAGGGCUUGUCGGCCCUACCGCCUGCUCUACAUUCUGCCUUCUUAGCGAACGUGAUGGUGGUGGGAGGAAAUGCCUUGAUUCCAGGGUUCAUGCAGAGACUGGAGACCGAGUUGCGGCAAAUUGCUUCUGCCGAAUGUAUUGUGCGCGUCCGUCGUGCUGAAGAUCCGGUCCACUCGACAUGGCUAGGAGGCUGUCGCCUUGCUAGCAACAGAGAAGAACUUAGAAAGGUGGCCAUUACUCGACAGGAGUAUCAAGAAUAUGGCUCAGGAUGGGCCGGUCGACGAUUUGCAGGUAUCAUUUGA